UGAGUUCUGUGACCUCAACGAGGUGCGUUUUGUAAGAAAACCCUCAGUUUAUUUUAAAUAACGUCACGUGUCCUAAGAUGACCAGUUGUCCGAGAUGUCUACAACAACAGGACGAGUUUUCGCCGGUCUGAUGAGAGCUUCUUUCAGUCGAGGGAUAUUUGUUAGAAACGCUCCACCGACUGCUGGAGUAAAUAGUGUGCGCCCCCUGGCUCUGAGCUCUAAGACAUACGCAGAGUCCAAAGAUGGUGAUGAAGAGGUGAACAAUGAGCCCCUCAAGUUCUCCACCAGUAAAGCCAGUCACCGAACCUGGAAAGUGGACCGCUCCAUGGGGAGCCAGUUUCAGCGGCCCUGGUGGAAAGUCCUCCCCAUCAGCCUGUUUCUAACAGGCUUUCUACUGUGGUGUGCAUUGAGAGGCCAGACAGACAUUGAUGUACAGCUGGAGAAGCAGCUGUAUGAACGUUUACCCGGCUUGCUUUCCGAUGAAGCGGAGAAGGAAGAAGCUCACGAUAAAUAAAGUUAACCAAUGUGGGACUUCAGAUGUAUAUAUAUAUAUUUCAGGUUAUAUUUAUUGUGAAAAGUGUUAUUCCAUUGCUAGGACAACACUGAAAGUGUAGCAGUGAAGCCGUCCAGUGCAAAGGAACUUUUCCGUUUCCAAGUUCAGACCACACACUGCCUUCUUCCAAAUUUCUGUUGAUUUGGUUGAAACAUGGAUUAAAAAUGUAAAGUCAAUGAA